GUGCCUCAGAUUCGGUUCACAACAAGAUGGCUUAGAGUGUUGUAAUUUGUAAACUAUGGCUAAUGGUACGUUGACCAUAGUUCCAACUAUGACUUGGUACGUUGGAACAGGUUGGUGCAGGUCCUAACACGGAUAGUGCCAGUAAAAGAAAUCUUUUUCGGGAAUUCUUGAGAAAGACCCCCCGAAGAGCAAGCGCAACACUGGCUUGUCCCUUCUCUCAAAAGUAGGCUUCUCGGAUGUUUUAAAUGGAGUUUUUAAAAAUUCAGGAGAUUGGAUUUCUUAGCCACCAUGAGCUGAAAGAUUGUUUGCUUGCAAAAUAAUCAGAUGCAAGAGGAAAAGAUUACAAAGUUAUUUUCGUUCUAGAGGACCUUAACUUGAGAAAGGAUUUAAUCGUGAUCAUGCUUUCUCAUCGAUCACCAUUCUCUGUAUCCAUCUUGGUCUGGGGUGCCUCUGAGUCCUGCUCUAGUUAAAGUAAACCGAGCACAAAGGCUUCUUCAGCGAAGAAAGGGUUACGAAAGACAUUUUCGUCUUGGCUUUAUCCUCCUUUCUGAUUGGCCGGUGACGGAGCGAGCUGCCGAUGUCACGCUCCUUGCUCCCAGAUACAAGCUGCGUGGAAUGUCCGGACCGGCAAAAUCUGAAUCCGAGUUGACAAGUUGUUUUGGCGCAGGAUCAGAAAAGGGCCCCGGUUCCUCUGGAAGGACAAAGGAGGCUGUGCUGAUGCAUCCUGUACUAAAAGCCUUUUUUUGUGGUUCUAUCAGUGGAACAUGCUCCACCCUGCUCUUCCAGCCUCUUGACUUACUUAAAACUAGGCUGCAGACUGUGCAGCCACCUGUCAGUGGAUCAGGUCGUAUUAAGAUGGUAGCUGUACUCUUCAAACUUGCUCGUACAGAAAGUAUAUUUGGGCUAUGGAAAGGUGUUUCUCCAUCCUUUGUACGAUGCAUUCCAGGAGUUGGGAUUUACUUCAGCACCUUAUAUAUGAUAAAACAUCAUUUUAUGUGGGAACACUCUCCUACUGCCUUGGAAUCAAUUGUUUUGGGUGCAACUUCACGAACUGUAGCUGUUAUUUGUAUGUUACCCAUCACAGUAGUGAAAACACGAUAUGAGAGUGGAAAAUACAGCUAUGAAAGUGUGUAUGGAGCCCUGAGAAAUAUCUAUCAGUCAGAGGGGGCCCAGGGUUUAUUUAGUGGCUUGUCAGCAACACUUCUUCGUGAUGCACCUUUUUCUGGCAUCUAUCUGAUGUUCUACACACAGACCCAAAAGCUUGCAUCAUAUGAAUUAUGGACUGGCUGGAUUUUUCCAUGGUGCUGUUCCACGAGCUUUGCGACGCACAUUGAUGGCAGCAAUGGCAUGGACUGUAUACGAACAAAUGAUGGCUAAAAUGGGUUUGAAAUCCUAAGGGAUACGGCAAGAAAUAAUCCCUCUACCUUUAUUUUUCCGCUUACUGUUAUUGCUUGGCAAGACUUGUGUUUGGAGUAGUCCUAUGUGAAAGGUCACUUGCUUAGGCAGUUUUUAUCUAUAUACUGAAUUGCCAAAACAGUGGCUCAGAAUCUUUAGAAAUAUGAGUGAAUGGAGUAGAAUGUGACAGCAUGGGGAGAUAUUUUAGGAUAUCCAGAAUAUCCAGAAUUGGAAAUUGUAUGAACAUCUGUCUUUUUUGUUGUUUAGUAAGUACUGAUAGAAGAGAGCAUUCAUAGUUCAGGUUUGAACUGUGAGGUCCUUAGUGUUCUCUGAGCUUGGUGUUUUUUUGCAGACAUUUCAUUACCAACUAGGCAACAUUGUCAGUGAAAACCAAGGAUCCUAUUGUUUAGUAAGUAUGAAUUGUUCUAAAAAGCCAUUUUACCCACAGGAACUUUUUCAAAUUUUGUCAAACUUUUGACAAUUUUAUUCAAUGAAUUGUUGAAUACUUUUUGCAGUUGAGAUGCUAGAAUUGUGAUGGCAAACCUAUGGCACAUGUGCCAGAAGUGUCACAGAGCCCUCUCUACUGGCAUGUGCGCCGUUUCCCCUGGUCAGAUCUUCGUGGUGUUUCUUUCGUGAGCUUCUGUUUCCCUGCAAACAACAAAACAAAAGCUUACGAAAGAAAAAGAUCUUAUCUCUUUCCGUGCUGCUGGUGUUGGGAUGCCCCACCUCCUGCCGGUCAGCUGGUUUUUGGGUCUCUGCUGCACAUGGAUGCAUGUCCGCGCAUGUGCUUGCAUGACUGCACAUGCGCACAUUUGCACAUGUCGCACACACCUUUCAGUUUGGGCAGGCGUGCGUGCGCAGUUUGGGCACUCAGUGUCUAAAAGUUUUGCCAUCACUGUUCUAGAACUUAGAAACAUUAUUCUUGCUGUUUUCAAUAUCCAGAAUUGUGUCCUGCAUUUCUUCUCUACUUUCAAUAUAGUUCUUGUUAUAUACUCAACCAAAAAAAUCUGAGGGAAGCCUGGCAAAGGAUUUCAUCAAGAAAAUCUCAUUUACUGUUUGCUUGAGACAAUUGUUAAAGAAAAUUAAUGCUAAAGUAAAAGACUAAAUUUGACAUUUUGAUUAAAAAUAAUACUAGGAUAUCAUUUUGUCAUUUCUCAAGCAGCUUUCUUCAGUCUUGCUUCAUCCAGGCUUGUUGGCACUGAGGCUUUCAAAAGCGAUAUUUAAUAUAGCUAGAAUUGCAGUUCCAGCAUAAAUGGACAGUUCUGGUUUGUAGAAAUAUUUUUCUUAGAGUCUUACUUCUGCCAAAUUCAUAAUGAAACAUUGCUUCGAUAUUCCUGAUUUAUUGUUUAUAUAUUCCUUUAAUUAUUACAAAAUCAGCCAGUUUUUGUAUGUCCAGUGUAACAUCGUUUUCCAUGUCAUUCUUUUUUUUUUGAAUUUUUUUUAUUUUUUAAUACAAACAAACAUAAAAACAUCUUCAAUCAAAUACAGUGUGUCGGUAGGUUGAUUACAAAUCUUUUGUGCAAUUUCAACAUGUAUGUAUCAUUAAUUUAUCUAUUCUUAUAUUUUGUCAAUCUAGUAUAUAUCCAAAUAUUUUAAUCAAUUCAUCUUUAAAUUGACUAUAGUAUUUUGUUCUCUCAUUUCAUACAAAUCAUUCUAAAUUAAUAUUUUAUCUUAUUACAUCAUUUAUUCCAUCAUCUUAAAUCAAUUAUCAUUCAAAAAUUCAUUCCUUAUAAAAAUAUCUCUCAAAUCUUUUUUAGCAUAUUUUCCCUUCUAACCAUUGGUAGAAUAAGUCCCAUACCUUAUAGUAUUGUUUAUCUUUCUGUUCUCUAAUUUCAAAUGUCAGUUUAUUCAUUUCUGCACAUUCCAUUAUUUUCUUAAUAAUUUCAUCUUGCAAUGGUAAUUUCUCAUUUUUCCAGUUCUUAGCAAAUACAAUCCUAGCUGCUGUUACUAUAUUCACAAUCAAAUAUCUCAAUUCUCUAUUGUAACUUUCGUAAAUGCCAUCUAUAAAACAUCUUAUACAAAUUCUCUUUAUAUGCAGUAAAUAUCGUCAUCUUAUAAUUUUGCGUCCACAAUUUUUGCCAUAUCUCUAAGUCAAUCCCAUGUCCCCGAUUUUUCCCCCAAGCAAUGAUUGUCUCUUUAACUUGUUGUUCUUCUAAUUUAACCUCUAAUAAGUAUCCAUAUAAUUUCCUGAUUAGAUUAUCAUCGGUACCUGUUAACAUUUUAUCUAAAUUAGUCAAAUUGUUUUAAAAACCUUCUGUUUUGGAGUCUUUAUCAAAUCUGGAGUGUAUUUGCAAAUAUGAAAACCAAUUCAUUUUUAUACCUUGUGUUUCUAGUUCUUGCAUAGUUUUUAGUUCACCCUUUUCAUUCAACAACUCACUAUAUCUAACAAUUUGUUCCUUUCUAAAUACUAUUGAAUAUGAAAAUGCCUCAAUAGUUGAUACCCAGAAUGGAAUUUUUAAAUAAUAAUUUUUCUUAAUCCUUUCCCAGUUUAAUAACAGAGCCUCUCUUAUGAAAUGUCUUCUAAAAUACCCCUGUGUUUUAGCUUCCCCAUACCAUAAAAAGGCAUUCUAUCUUAAUAACAAAUCAUGUCCUUCCAAACUCAAUAUUCUAUUAUUUCUUAAAGUUAUCCAUUCCUUAAUCCACAUCAAACUUGCUGCUUGGUGAUAUAAUUCCCAAUUAGGCAGACCAAAGCCUCCUCUUAUUCUCGCAUCUUGCAGUAAUUUUAAUUUUAUCUUCGCUUUUUUACCUUGCCAAAUAUAUUUCAACAUUAUUUUAUUCAAUUCUUCAAAAUAUCAUUUCCCCAAUCUAAUUGGGAUUGUCUGGAACAAGUAUAAAAUUCUAGGUGAUAUAUUAAUCUUAAUCAUAGAUAUUCUUCCAAUCAAUGAUAGUUGUAGGUUCUCUCAUUUUGCCAAAUCUGACACAAUCUGUUGUUUGAGUUUACUAUAAUUAUUCUCUUUAAGCGUAUGACAUCUUGCUGUCCAGUAUAUUCCCAAAUAUUUAACCUUAUUUGUGACCUGCAUCUCUGACCAUUCUACCAAUUCAACUUUUUCCUUUAUUAACAUAUUUUUUGUUAAUAUCUUGUCUUUAUUUAUUUUCAAUCCUGCCACUUUACCAUAUUCUCCUAUCUUUAUCUAUCAAUAUAGUUAUAGAUUCUAAUGGAUCUUCAAUAAUAAAGACCAGGUCAUCUGCAAAUGCUUGUAGUUUAUAUUCUUCCUUUUGAAUUUUCAUGCCUUUUAUUUCUUCUUCUUCUCUAAUGUUUCUAUUUAGUACUUCCAAUGUUAGUACAAACAACAGAGGUGACAGCGGGCAACCUUGUCUUGUUCCUUUUUUUAUUUGAAUCGAUUCAGUCAAUUCUCUGUUUAUCAUUAUUUUGGCUGUUUGUUUAUAAUAUAUAGCUUCUAUAGCUUUAGUAAACUUUCUGCCAAAGCCCAUCUGUUCCAGUUGUAAUAUCAUAAAACGCCAAUUCACAUUAUCAAAAGCUUUCUGUGUGUCAAGGAAAAUCAAAGCCAUCUGUUUUUCAGGAUGGGCCUCAUAAUACUCAGGGUAUCCAGAAUUAUCCUCAUAUUGUCUUUAAUAUGUCUUUUGGGCAGAAAUCCAUUUUGAUCAGAGUGUGUAAAAUUAUUUAAAUACCUUUUAAGUCUUUCUGCCAAUAUUAAAGCAAAGAUUUUAUAAUCUGAAUUUAACAAAUAUAUAGGUCUAUAGUUCUUAAUUUGCUGCAAAUCAGUUUCCUCUUUCGGGAUGUGUGAUGUAGGCUCUGUCCAUGUCUCAGGUAAUUUCUUCUUUAACAUCACUUCAUUCAUGACUUCCAGUAGUAGGAGACUCAAUGACUCCUGAAAUGUUUUGUAAUAUUCUGCUGGAAUAUUCCUAUUUAAAAUUAAUAAUUAGAGAGUUGAAUGUUGCAUGCAUUAUCUUUGAAACUGUGGUAUAAAUACUGCCAAAUGAUGGGCUAAACAUUCUAUCAGUAAUUAAAUGGCAUGGGGAAUAGGAAUUAUAAUCCAUGGCGGACCAGAGAUACCAAGCUAGUACUAAACACUGCUCCUGGGUUACUGUUUUGAUCAAGACUGUCAUCUUACAUUUUUCUAAACAGAUUAUACUUUGCUGUUCUGUGCAUUUCUUACUCCAAAGAUUAGUCUUGAAAGUAUGCUGCAUUACCUUUUUAGAAGACUAGUUUGAUGUGUAUUUUCAUAGCUAAUGAAGGCAGAAAAUUAUUGUUGGAAAAGUGGUUAUUUAAACUUAUUUCCAUGCAGUUCUGCUGAUUAAUAGCUAUGCUUUCCUUGAUGGUAAGAAAUCUCUUUAUCUCCAAAGAUCUGAAGCAUUGGAAUCUACAAGAGGACUUACUUAUUUGGGCUAUGAAGGAAACCCAACACAUGUUUUAAAUGCUUGUCUUGGAUUAUUUUAUUAUUAUUAAAAAUCUAUUUUAAAAAAAUGCUUCCUUUUUUAAAAAGCAGAUGUCCCUUUUCCUCCUGAUUAGUUUGAUCAUUUUUGGUUCUUUUUGAAGUGAAAUGCCUCAUACUAUUAAACCUAAUCCUUUAAUUUGCUUCUGAAUACUAAAUUGGUUGUAAACAAGUGUAGUGUAAUACUUCUCUCUGCCACAGAUCAUGAUGCUGUUACAAGCCAUAUUUAUAUAUCAUGCACAAAGGAAAGGAAGAAAGGUGAUUAUAACGCAGCAUCAGCAUAGUUUCCUAAGAAGAGGGCUUGCUCAGAAAAGGGUACAGACCUGUGAGUAAGAUUUAAAUGCCUAUCCAAAAUAACACAAGGCCAUGCAUUUAAGAGUUGGUGCUAGAAUUCAAGAGGAAAGAAAACCACUAACACUACCAGCAAAGCUUUUUUAUGGCAUUUGGAAAGCAUGAAUCCUGGCUGUAGUAGAGAUCAUGUAGGGCAUUGCUCAUUCUGUUUUAUGUUUGACCAUAUUGAACAAUGGACCCUAUCCAACAAAAUGAAUUUUAAUGUGGAGAAAAGCAAAGCUUUAUAUUUAGGCAGGAGAAAUCAGAUAUAAGUACAGAUUAGGGGAGACCCGGCUUAGAAACAGUAUCUUUGAGAGAGAUCUUGGAGUCCUAGAGGAUAAUCAUUUGAAUAUGAGCCAGCAAUGUGCAGCAGCAGACAAAAAAGCUAAUACAAUCCUAGGUUGUAUAAACAAAGGCAUAGACUCAAGAUCACAUGAAAUAUUAGUGCCACUUUACAAAACCCUAGUAAGACCAUACCUGGAAUACGGCAACCAAUUUUGUAAACAUACUACAAAAAGGGUAUUGAGACUUUGGGAAAAGUUCAGAGAAGAGCAAUUAAGAUGAUCAAAGGCCUGGAGAGUAAACCAUAUGAAGAACAGCUACAGGUUUCGGGUCUGGCUAGUGUUUAAAGAAAAGAAUAAUUAGGGGUGACAUGAUAGCAGUAUUCCAGUAUUUUAGGGGCUGCCACAAAGAAGAAAUUAUUCUUCAAAGCACCAGAAGUCAGGACAAGAAAUAAUGGUUGGAAACUAAUCAAAGAGAACCAAGCAGGAAUUAAGGAGAAACUUCCUAACAGUUAGGACAAUUAACCAGUUUAACAGCUUGCCUCCAGAAAUUGAGGGUGUUCCAUCACUGGAGGUUUUUAAGAAGAGAUAGACAGUCACUUGUCUGAGAUGGUAUAGUUCCAUGAUGACGAACCUAUGGCAUGCGUGCCACAGGUGGCACAUCGAGCCAUAUCUGUGGACAUGUACACUCCCCUAGCUCAGUUCCGGCGUGGCAUGUGUGCACUGGCCAGCUGAUUUUUGGGCCUUCCGGGUCCACUGGAAGUAGGGAAAUGGGCUGUUUCCUGCCUCUGGAGGGCCUCCAGGGAAUGGGGAAGGUCAUUUUUGCUCUCCCCAGGCUCCUAGAACAUCUCACCCUGGGGAGGGUGAAAAAUGGGCCUACCUGCUCCACUGUGCCAUUGCGUGCCAAAAGCGGGGGGAGUGCGAGGUCAUGUGCGCAUGUGUUUGAGAGGUAUGGUACAUUGAAUUAUGGGUGUGGGCACACAUGAUCCCCCCAGCUCCCCCCGCUUUUGCCACGCGACAGCAAAAAGGUUAGCUAUCACUGGUAUAGGUUCUCCUGUUUGAGCAGUGGGGCUGGACUAGAACAUCCAAGGUCCCUUUCUCCAAGAUCCCUUUCUCCUAUUCAUAGAAUAGAAUAGAAUAGAACAGAAUAGAAUAGAAUAGAAUAGAUGUUUAAAACUUGAAAUCUACACUCAAAGCAAUUGACCAUUUUCCUUUCUGUUUUCCCAAUGGCAGACAGGAUCCAAUAUAUUUUCAAAAUACAGGUUUGGCAUCUAGGACAAAAACCAUGAUGUUUCUCAAGCACAUAUAUUUGAUGUACAUGCUUCACAAAUUGCUUGAACACCAGGCCACCAUAUUUAAGGAACUAAGUACCCUGGAACUGAAGCUAAGCAGUCUCAAACCACAUCUGCCCCAAAGGCUGACAUAAUCUCUAGCCUAAACAGAACUUUUUUUUUAAAAAAGGCAAAUAACAAUGGUAUUUGCUAACAAUGCAGCUGACUGCAUUUCUUUUUCACUAUAAAAUUCAAACUUUUAGCAGUCCAGUGCAAAGAAAUAAUUUACUGUUGGAAUUGAAUCAGAAAUAUGCUGUGAUUUCAUAGAAGUAUUUUUUUUAAAAUAUCCUUUUUUAUAUGUAUAAAUAACUCAAGAUGGAAAACAUUAUUUAUUUGUAUCCCACCUUUAUCAUUUUUACAAGUAACUCAAGAUAGCAAACAUAUCCAAUACUUUGCUCCUUCUAUUUCCCAACAACAACCUUGUAAAAUGAAUUGUGUUAAGAAAGUAUAACUGGCCAAAGUCAUCAGGCAAACUUGAACUCACUCUGUCUUCUGCUUUCUAGCCUGAUACCUUAACCAUUAGAUUAAAUACUAACUCAGGUUAGUAUUUCUAAGACAAAAUAACUGAAAUAAAAAUAGUGGAUAAUUGGAUAUACUCUAGGAGCUAGCAUGCUGUCUGCUGAUAAACUUGUCAGCAAGUCCCAGGUGAUUUAUUGGCUAUCAUGACAAGCCCUGGAUAUUUCUUGGAUAAAGAAAUGGAACUAGCUGCAUGUGCUGGUAAUAGUAAGAGUCUUUCUUACAGUAUAUAGGAUUUUUUUUAGUAAUAAAUUGAUGUAAUAUAUUUCUGUUUUUUAAAAAAGCAUUUUUUCAAUUAAAUAUCUUAGAAAAAUCAUGUAUUUUCUAGUAUGCUAUUAUAUUAAAUUUCACAUUUUCUAAUGGCAAUGUCUUUUAUUAGGUCAACUAAGGUAACAAAUCAGUGUGGAAAUUUAAAUUAUAGAAAUAAAAGUAAAAAUAAAAGAAAUAAUUACACAUCUAUUAAGUGACAAAGCCAUCAGACAUCAUUGUUCCAGAAAAUUCUUACUUUUCCACCUGGUAACAUUCACUUCCAAAGGAUGACGAAAAAUCAAUGAGAUCAGCUGUUCUUGAUUUGAUACUAGCAAAUAGGAAGAACUUAAUUGAAACAGAUCAACAAUAAUACUGAGGAAAAUAUAGCAUCCUGCUCAUGGCCAGAAACACCAUGAAAGCAUUCUGCACAUGACCAGAAACACUUCCAUGCGUACAGAGUGUCGCAGCAAUCCCCACCACCACCAGAUCUGGGUGGAUAGUUUCAUUGUGUUUCUGGUGAUGUGCACAGUGCUUUCCUGGUGUUUCUGUCAUGUGCAGAGUGCUUUUCCCCAAAGCUGGGUGGCUGAUUUAAUUGUGUUUCUGACCACGUGCAGAGUGCUUUUUGGGGGUUUCUGGUCAUAUGCAGAGUGCUCUCCUGUUUUUCUUGUCAUAUGCAAAGUGCUUUCCAAUUGCAAGUUCCAAUGUUGAGAUGUCCUGAAAAGAUGAUGGCGAGUUGGCAGAGGGAACUUGGCAGUGGUGAGAAGGCUGCUCUCUGCUGACUGCAUCGAGCUAGCAGCAUCAAGUCAUCCUAGACCCCUUGUAAGGUCUUGCCUCUCCAAAUCUUCGCAAGAAAGCAGGACUCUUGGAACUGAAGUUGUUCCAAAAAGAACCUUUAUUGAAAGGCUUGUAAUAGCAAGAAGUCUAGGCAGGAACUAAAUCUUCCCUCUUAAAAAACAGCAAUUUAAAGCAGUGCAAACAAAACCCCUUCCACAGUACAGCAAUGCAGGAAAUAGACACUCACAACACAGCAAUGCAGGAAACAGAAACAGAAACUUCAUAUAGAGAUCUCUCCAAGCAGGAAAUAGAAACAGAAACUUCAUAUAGAGAUCCCUCCAAUCCUCCCCCCCUCCCAGAAUGCCAGCAUCCCAAUAGAAAUAUAUGGUACCUGUCUUCCGGUGGUGCUGUCAGGGCGGCGCAGGGGGAAAAGCACAAGCUCCGUCCUUUAUUUCUGAUUUUUUUGUGAUUAAGGACCCUUUGAAGGCAUGUGGAGCUUGAAGAGGGGAAUCCUGGAGAUCGGUGAGGUGGUGUGCAAAGCAAGGGAAGCCCUCUUUAAUCCAGUGAGAAGAUGUCCCAUCAUUUCACCUGAUAAUGGUGGACCCGAGGCCAUGACAGCCCACAAGAGGAUUGGAAGAAAAUAUUAGCAGACUGUGUCUAUUUUUCCUGGUGAGAAAUUCUCCCAUGUGUGGUGAUUGGACCUGUCAAACUGCUGAGGCGCGCUGAGAUCGCUGCCUAAAAAAAAUUAUUUUACGGUUGGGGUCGCCACAUCGUGGGGAAUUGUAUUAAAGGGGUCGCAGCACUAUAAAGGUUGAGAACUACUGAUGUAGGAGAAUAGUGGAAAGAAAUGGAAAAGGAAUAACUCGGAAAAGAAGAGUUGAUUCGGCUGGAAAGAUCUGAGACUGUGGAGAAAGUGAUGCCAGAAAGAACAGAUUGGUGACUUUCAGCAAACAAAGUGGAGAGAAAAGGGAGUGACUGGAUCAAAUUGGACUCUACCGGCGAAAGUAAGGAUGCCAAGGAAAAGCAGUAAGGGAGUGACGAGAAAAAAGAAAGGGGAGCGGCAGCGAUAAAGAGACUUGAAUAUAAUAUAAUAUUAAGUGAUUAAGUGGAAAAAAAAAUAGUGGUGUUGAGGAAACAAAGUUGGGAUUAGCAAAAGAGUCGAAACAUCUAAAAAAAAAUAAAAGAUAUAACAGAG